CGUACUAAUGAGUAAUGGGCUACCCAGUUAUGACAAGUAGUAUCAGAACCUGGUUCGGUUCAGGACAGUGGACGUCAGUUUGGUGGGACCCUCAUUUGGUGACCUCGGGGUUUGAGAUAUGCGUUUGUAUGAAGGAUCAAAGGCGAUUCUGCGUCUGGUUUGGUGGAUCCAGAAGAGAUCCACGUUUGGGCUUGGCGGAUCAAAGAGAGUUCCACAUUUGGGAAGCAGAUCAAAGAGAGUUCUGCAUCUGGUAAAGUCCUUGUACCGAGAAGCCCAUCGAUACAAGGCAUCUGGCGGAUCAAGAUAAUCGCUGAGGUGUGGACACGAAGUUCGUGGUCCUUGUCUUGAGGGAAUGAUUGUUAUGAGACAAUCCAAGUACCACAUCGAAAAUACAAGGGAAGGAACCCUUGUAUAUAAGUGUCCACCUAGCCCAAUUAGUACGAGGCCUUUUGGGGAGGACACCCAAAAGUAAAUCCGUGCGGGCUUGGCCCAAAGCGGACAAUAUCGUAAUAAUUGAGCUCCUGGUUAUGACAAGUGGUAUCAAAGCCUGAUUCGGUGCAGGGCGGUGGACGUCAGAGUGGACCCUCAUUCGGUGACCUCAGGAUUUGAGAUCUGAGUCUGGUUUGGCAGAUCGAGGGAGGUCCGCGUUUGAUUUGGCGGAUCAAAGAUAGUUUUGGUACCUAAAAAUUUUCAUUAUGACAUUUUAAUACCUAAACUUUUCACAUUUUACAUAUUGGUCCUUGGAUGAGGAUGUCAUUUGGAUUCAUGGAUAAUCCACCAAUCCACUUGAUCCAAUCCAUGAAUCCACCAAUUAAUUGGAUCCAAUCCAUUUGAUCCAUGGAUCCACCAAACCAUGAAUCAAUCCAUUUUCCACCUCUACUCUCAUCUCCGUUUCUGAAUCAGACAUGAAUGAAGAACUCAACGUUCAUGAUGACGUUGCUAGCAUAUUUACUUGGCCACCGGAGGUGGAAAGGCUAUCAAACCGACAACGAAAGCUUAAGCGGAAGCAGAAGAUGAUGGUGUUAUAAGAGUACGAUUGUUCUUAUAGGAUAGUCCACUUGAUAGCUAGAAAGGUCUUUCAAUUGUAUCUGACUACGAGUCAUUUAUUUAAUUUUAUGGCCUGAUUAUCUUUUAUAUAAAAAAAUGACUGCUCUGGCAGAAUCGCUUUUCACUGUAGAUGGUGAACCAAUCAAAACUCUAGAAUUAGCUGACCGGUUUCUGGGAAAGGCAAUGCAUGUAAUGUGGUUAAUGAACUCUCUUGUUUAUGGAUUCUGUUAGGUUGUCAAUAUUCAACUGUCUAACCAAGUACCAAUAGAUUUAGUUUCCAAAAUUCAUCAGUUCAUUUCAUUUGCUCCCUAAUAAAUUGUAUCCCUUUUCUGUUAGGUCAAACUUAAUACCUGGAGAUAACUUCCCUUAUUUCCUAAGACCUUUAUUCUUCUUCUUCAAAUAUACUUUUUUAUUAUAAGUGGAAAUAAUAAUAAUUGUCAUUCAUCAAUCUGUGAUAUCUUUCCAUAAAAAUAUCACUGCCAAAAUCACACUAUAAAACAAGCAAAGUACAAUAUUACAAUUGUUUCAUUUCAUCACAGCAACUUUUCACUGUAUCUGUACAGUGAAGAGAAAAGGAUGAUGCAUCAUGGCCAAGAAGAUGAAGAAGCCCACCGCCGCCAGCAGCUGAGGCCAGCCAUGUUAGAGCUCAGCCUGCUACCAGGCUGCCGCCUGGAUGAGCUCAACAAAGCUGGGCCAGAAGAAACCAUGAAAACCCGCCAACCAAAGAAGUGCAGAUUCUGCGACAGAGAGUUCAGCAGUUUCCAGGCCUUGGGCGGGCACCAGAACGCUCACAAGCGAGAACGAGCCCUUCUCAAAAUGAAAGGGACCAAACCUGCUGAUUAUUAUGGCGAUGUUGGAUCAAUGAUCCCCUUUGGGCUGUUCUGCGGCGGCCCACCUGUUGGCGAGCCCUUCUUUCGCAGCAGCCAGGCCCAGUAUCACCAUCCGCAGUACGGCCCAAGCUUCUUGGGCCUCAAUGAGCGGUCUUCCGUGAUCCACAAGCGGCCCGUUGUUGGUGUUGCUGGACACACGGGCCUGUUCUCUCGAUGGUGGUGGCCCGGAUCCUUCGGCGGCCCGGUUAUGGAGAAUUUGGGUGGCGAGAAUGAUGAUUAUCGUAAAGUUUGAAGUGAGCUGCGGGGGAGGAUCAUUGUUUCUGUUACAUCUUUUCCUUUUUGCAAGAGAAUGAAAGUAAUAAUCAUCAUGUUAUUAUAGGCUUGUAGUUCUCAGCGAGCAAUAAUAACAUGAGUUUUUUUUUUGGGUUUUGGAAUGGUGAUGACUGAUGAAUUGUGUGUGAUUGGUGAACUUUUGGCUCUUUGAAAACUUAUUUUUCCUUCUGAUUGAUGUAUUCCGAAAUUUAUUAUCCAUUUCUGUUUGUUGUUGCAAAGUCAUUGUCGAGUCCAAUUAAGAUGCUCAGUUACGCCAAACCAUUAAUUGUGAGAACAUUCACAUAAGUUUACGGUUAUUAAAUUCAUAUCUAAACACUCUGCAACCGUUAAAAGCAUACCGUGAUAAUUUUGUUAUUCUCAUUGAUGAUAUUAUGAAUGUGGUAACCUGGUACUCAUUGAACUCUCAUAAAUCACAUCCCAUUCUUUCUAGCAAAGCCAAAUUUUUUUCUUCUUGGGUUGUUUAUUUUUCAUGUUGUUGGUUUUGUUGUUAUGUGAAGGAAAUGGAUCAAGAAAGAGACAAAAGGAGGAAUGUUUGGAGUUUGUAGCAUAGAUUUCAGGCCGAUCUGUCUGUGAGUGAGCAUCACUUCAUCUCAUCACUUUGUCUUUUCUUUUUUUCCUUUUUGCGUUGUGUUCUUUAUUGAACAAAAGCUUUUUGUCAAAAUAAUUGUUUUUGGUGACACAGAUAUCAUCUUUCCCCUCAAUCAUCAAAAGAUUAUUCCUCUUUCUCGAUUGCAGAGCAAAGCAGCAGAAAAAAAAGAAGAAAUCAAAAGGUAAAGGCCAAAAGAAAUACAAAUAUAAUAUCCACAAUUCCCCAAAAUAAAAAGAGGCAAAAAAUGAAGGUAAAAAACAUACAUAGUGGAAAAGGAAACGAACAUGUAUGUAUUUCACUGUUCUUGAAUUCAAAGAGACAGCCAGUCCAGUCGUCUCCCCCACCUUCCUUUUAUUCCCUCCUCGUUAUUUGGUUGCUUGAUUCAAUGUUAUGGGCCUGUCCCUUUUCUCUCCCUUUUGUGUUUGUUUCGUUUCAUUUCCUUUGAAAUUUUGAGCACUAUAAAUUCGAGUUGGUGUAAAUAGGGUUUAAUGCUUGUUGGUCCGAUCAACAAUAACAAUCAUGUGGCGAAAGAUUAAGGUUAGUAAUGUUCUCUGCCUCAAAAGUGACGACACCCCCUCUCAAUCCUCUCCGAAAACGAUCCCCCACCCCCUCUCUAACCCUAGGUUGACCCUCGACUCUCUUCCUCCUCAAUCCUACGUGAUGCCCUACUCCGGGGGUCUUACAUGGUUCUAUGUUCUAGCAACACAAUCGAUCUCUUAUUUCACAAAGUGUUGUAUCAUGCAAUGAGAUAUUCUCAACGCCAUGACACCGUACACACAAAACAUACAACUAAACAAUAUGCAUACUUCAAUUGAAUUAUCGCAAGAUAAAUCAAGGAUAGAUUGAAGGAAAACAAACAUCAAUGCUGCCAGGCACUAAUCCAAGUUGUUUCCUUCUCGGCCAUGAAGCUUAAUUAUCCCUCCCAAGCAUUCCAACAAUACAUAGAUAGGGUUCAUCUCUUCCAAACAACAAAGGAGACUAGUUCAUAAGGCACGAGGAUACAAACGGAGAAGAAGAGACGAUCUCGAUGAUAGAAGACAUCUUGAUAUCUUAAAAAACUGCUUUCUCGUAGAUUGAUUUGUUGGAACAACUUCUUUUCCUUGCACUAAACUCAAGCAUAAAGCUCUAGGGAAAAGGUGGAGAAAAUUUUCUUAAAAAUAGAGAGAAUCAUUAAAUAGGCAGCUUCCGCGACAAGUACAAUUCUAUUGUUAGCACGGUUUCUCACCCUACCUUAUAAAAUUGAAACUUCACA